AGGCUUGGGGUCACGAGGGGUAUAACGAUUUUGAUCAGCUGUUUGCCACACAACAAAUACUCUCCAGUUUGGAUUUGCCUCUGUGAAAUUUUUUGUCAAAUAUAUAGUCUCCAAUUAUUUGUCUCUCUACCAUGUCGGAGCCAACGAGCCACGUGCUGCCGCUCCACAGGGUCAUCAUGCUGGGCGGCGAGGGCGUGGGCAAGUCCGCCCUCACGCUGCAGUUCAUGUACAACGAGUACGACGACGAGUACAAGCCCACCAAGGCGGACAUCUACAGGAAGACCCUCCAGCUGGACGGCGAGCAGGUGCAGAUCGACAUCCUGGACACUGCCGGCCAGAAGGUGAAUGUCGUGAUCAGAGACAGCUACUAUCACCGGGCCGAUGGCUUCCUCUGCGUCUUCUCGAUCGCCGACGAGGGCAGCUUUCAGGCCACCCAGGCAGCCAGGGACCUUGUCCUGCGGCUAAGGAAGGACGAGAGCGUGCCCUUCCUGCUGGUGGGCAACAAGAGCGACUUGCAGGAGGAGCGCCAGGUGCCGCUGAGCGAGUGCCAGGCGAUGGCUCACAAGUGGGGCGUCACCUAUGUGGAGACCUCGGCCAAGUUCCACCAAAAUGUGCAUCUGGUAUUCUACGAUUUGAUGCGGCAAAUAGCCUCGCGAAAGGCCACAAACGGUGGCAGAAAGUGCAAGAAAAGGUUCUGCCAUGCCUGUGCCAUUCUUUAGGGCGUGAAAGGGUUUUAGUUUUGCAAUAAAUUGAUGUAUCUGUA